AUGGCUGCUGCACGGCUGAUCUACAAGCGCUUGAAAGACGUGCCUGGCAGGCUAAGGGUCGCAGAGCUUCAGUUUGAGGUUCCCGUCGACCACAGCCACCCAAAUGAGGCAUCUAUCAGGCUAUUUGCUCGCGGGGUCCAGCGGCGUUCGUCAUCUGCUGAGGCCGAACCGGAGGAGCGACAGCUGCCAUGGCUUGUCUACCUCCAAGGCGGGCCUGGGAUGGGAUGCUCGCAGCCUCAGGACAUCGGCUGGGUUGGGCCUUUUCUGGAUAAAGGUUACCAGGUGCUGCUUCUUGAUCAGCGAGGAACUGGCUUAAGUUCUCCCAUCACAGCAGCAACCCUGGCUCUACAAGGUAAUGCCAUGAACCAAGCCAAGUAUCUUCGACAUUUUCGAGCCGACAGCAUCGUCCAGGACUGUGAGGCUGUUCGUAUGUGCCUGACCGCGAACUAUCCGGCAACGAAGAAAAAGUGGAGCGUCCUGGGGCAAAGCUUUGGGGGUUUCUGCGCUGUUACCUACCUUUCCAAAUUCCCUCAAGGAUUAAAGGAAGUUUUUACUACGGGCGGGCUUCCACCAUUGGUUUCACAUCCAGAUCCAGUCCUUAAUAAAACAUAUGGGAAACUUCAAGAGCGAAACGAAGCGUAUUACCGAAAAUUUCCCGAGGAUGAGGAGAGAGUGACGGCUAUUCUAACUCACCUUGAAAAAAACGACGUUAAGGUCCCCGAUGGUGGGGCUCUCACCCCAGAGAGAUUCCUAUCAUUGGGAAUCUUGUUUGGGAUGCGCGGAGGGCUUGACUACGUUCAUGAUAUCGUUUUGCGAUGUACCAACGACGUUGAAAUGUACGACUUCUUAACGCUUCCGACCCUCUCCUUGGUCAAUGGUGCAAGUAGCUUCGACAACAAUAUUCUUUAUGCAGUCAUUCACGAAGCGAUUUAUUGUCAGGGGGCGAAAUCCAACUGGUGCGCGGAUAGACUUAUCAAGAACCUUUCCAACUUCCGAAGUCAGAAGCACUCUAGUGGGAUAUAUUUCACAGGGGAGAUGGUCUAUGAGAAUAUUUUCCAGUCAUCUGUAGAAUUGAGCCAACUGAAAGAGGUUGCCGAUAUCAUUGCAUCGUAUGACGACUGGCCAGAGCUGUAUGACAAGGAGCAGCUGGCUAGAAACGAAGUUCCCGUAUACUCCGCAACAUAUGUGGAUGACAUGUAUGUUCAUUAUGAUUUUGCAACCGAAACAGCAGCUGCAAUAAAAAAUUGCAAGCACUACAUCACGAACACCAUGUAUCACAAUGCUUUGCGGGCCAACACGGAAGAGCUUCUGAAGCAGCUGUUUGCUAUGCGCGACGACACUAUUGACUAG